CAUAACAUGGCUGCAGCUAGAUUACUAUCAAGGGUUCUGCUCUUUGGGAUAUUUGUGGAUAGUUUGGUGAGGGCCCACAGGGUGACGUGGAUCCACGCUCGUGCCACUUUCUAUGGUGGUGGGCCCACCCUUGGUGGAGCUUGCGGGUACGAGAAUACGUACGCCGCCGGGUUCGGGCAGAACACGGCGGCGGUGAGCGGCGCGUUGUUCAGAAACGGGGAGGCGUGCGGCGCCUGCUACCUUGUUGCGUGCGACAGGAAGCUCGACCCCCAGUGGUGCCUCCCGCCACGCGCCGCCUCCGUGACGGUGACCGCCACGAACUUCUGCCCGGCGAACCACCGCGGCGGGUGGUGCGACCCCCCCAACCACCACUUCGACAUGUCGACGCCGGCCUUCCUCCAAAUUGCUCGCCCCGGCCCCGAAGGCAUCGUCCCUGUACUCUACACAAGAGUGACGUGUCGGAGAAGAGGGGGAGUGAGGUUCACGCUCAAGGGGCAGGCCAACUUCAACAUGGUGAUGAUCUCAAACGUCGGGGGGAGUGGUGAGGUCAGGUCGGCGUGGGUUCGGUCCGGCUCGGGGGCCUGGGCCCCCAUGAGCCGAAAUUGGGGGGCCAAUUGGCAGAUCACGGGCGGCGUGGAGGUCCACAGCAAAACGCUGUCGUUUAGGGUGAGUCUGGCGGGCGGCAGCACCCUCGACUUCCUCCACGUUGUCCCUUCUUCAUGGAACUUUGGACAGACUUUUGCCUCCUCUAAUCAGUUCUCUUAAUUAUUAUUAUUAUUAUUAUUAUAUUUAUUAAUUUAUAUGAUCCAGCACUUUUUGCAAUGGUUCAUGAAUGGGUUGCGAUUUCUUAUUGUAUAUUUCCUUAUACAAGUGAUUGUUAUGAUUUCCACCAAUUUGUAUGGUUAGUUGUUGAUGUAAUGU